AUGUUGCUCGUUACCAAACUAAAAGGCAAUGCACAGCGUUGGCUACACGCCAACCCAACUCGAAUGCUGGAGUCUUUCGACAGGCUGUGCGAGCAACUGAUCAUUGCAUUUGGAGAAACAGCGUCCAAGUCGGAGCUGCGUCGAAAGUUUGAGCAACGCAAAUGGCAAAGGAACGAGCGUUUUACAAUGUAUUUCGAAGAGAAGGUAAUGAUGUCCCAAACCAUCAACAUGGAUAUGGAGGAACUGCUGGAACAACUCAUCGAGGGAAUCCCGUCGGCGAGCUUGCGUGAUCAAGCCCGCAUCCAAAGGUUCGCCAAUCCGGAGCAAAUGCUACUAGCAUUCGCCAAUGUACGCCUACCGCAACAAGCCGGAGUCUACGCACCGAAGAAGUCAAUGUCGGCGGCGGCGGACGUCAACAACCUGCGCUGCAGGAACUGCAACUCUAAAGGCCAUUUCGCCAAGGACUGCCGCAAGCCAGCAAGGGCACCUGGAUCGUGUUUCGCUUGUGGAGAGAUGGGCCAUUUUGUGGGAGAAUGCCGUCUGAGGAAGAGCAACAACAGCAGCAACGUUAACGAUUAUAAUGUCUCAUAGAUUCAGGAAGCGCAAUCUCAUUCAUUAAGCAGUCAAGAAUUCCAUUUGAAGUAGCAUUAAAAGCAGUUGAUCAAGUGUAUCAUGGGCUAAACAAAAGCCAACUUAAAGUUUUUGGAAAAACGUUUUGUUUCAUUUUAAAAGGAAAAAUAAAGAUUAAAUUUGAGAUGAUUGUCGUUGCUAAUGAAUCAAUGAGACACGAUGUAGUUCUGGGAAGGGAUUUUAUGAAUCAAUAUGGUCUGAGCAUGAAUCUGGACACCCUCAACAUAAAUAGAGAUAUUAAUAAUACGAUUGAAGCACAUGGGGAAAAGGAUCAGCAACUAGCAACCGCCGUAGUAGCCAAUCGCGACUCCAGCGAAACUGUAUUAGAAAAUGAAAUUGUUAUGAAAAAACUGUUAGGAAAUUCAACUGUUAUGGAAAAUGAAACUGUUAAGGAAAAAUUGUUAGAAAAUGCAACUGUUAAGGAAAAAUUGUUAGAAAAUGCAACUGUUAAGGAAAAAUUGUUAGAAAAUGCAACUGUUAAGGAAAAAUUGUUAAAAAAAGCGAUGGUUACGGAAAAAUUUUUAGAAAAUGAAUCUCCUGAGGAAAAAUUAUUAGAAAAGUCAACUAUUAUGGGAAAAUUACUAGGAGGUGUAAAUGUUGAAAGAAAUUUUAGAGAACAGGAAACACAUAACGGAAAAAGUGUAGAGAGCGAUACUUUUAAUGAAAAAACAGAAAUUUUAGCAGACGAUUUUGAAACCGAGAUGCUAAACAUUAACGUAGUUGAUGAUCAAUUUUCAGACUACAACUGUGGGUGCGAUGUAAGCUAUGAAACGAAGUGCAAAUUUAUUAAGAUGUUUGAAGAGUCAUAUGUUAACGCAAAGAGACCAGAUACUCCGUUUACCAGAUGCGAGAUGAAAAUUUGUUUAGAGAAAUCCAAACCUUUCAGUUGCUCACCUAGGCGACUUUCUUUUAGUGAAAAGGAGCAGCUUCAGAAAUUAUUAGACGAAUAUUUAGACAAAGGCAUAAUAAGAAACAGUGAUUCAGAAUAUGCUUCUCCCAUUGUACUGGUAAAGAAAAAAACAGGACAUUUGCGUUUAUGCAUAGACUAUCGAAAAUUGAACAAAGUUUUGAUAAAGGACAAUUAUCCGUUGCCUUUAAUAGAUGAUCUUUUAGACAAGUUAGUGAAUAAAAAAGUGUUUUCAAAGCUCGACUUAAAAAAUGGAUAUUUUCACGUAUUCGUUGGCGAUGAUUCAGUUAAAUAUACGUCAUUCGUAACUCCAUUAGGGCAAUUUGAAUUUUUAAGGAUGCCUAUGGGUAUCAAGAAUGCAUCAGCAGUAUUUCAGCGCUUUGUAAACAAAAUUUUUGCUGAUUUAAUACGCGAAAACAAGGUCAUAGUAUACAUGGACGACAUAAUGAUAGCCAGUGCAGAUAUAGAAGAACAUUUAGAAACAUUGAGAGAAGUGUUUAAAAGACUGAUUAGUAACAAGUUAGAACUUCGUAUGGACAAAUGCGAGUUCAUGCAAUCCAGCAUUAAGUACCUUGGAUUCCUUAUUUCUAAAGAAGGAAUCAGAGCAGAUGAUAGAGGUAUCGAUGCAAUCACAAACUUUCCAAUUCCUGAAAAAGUGCACAACGUUCAAAGUUUCUUAGGACUAUGUUCUUAUUUUAGAAGGUUCAUAAAAGAUUUCUCUACAUUAGCUAAGCCUCUGUAUGACAUUUUAAAGAAAGACAAAGAAUUUUCUUUUGAAGAAAGAGAACUUAACUGUUUUUUAAACCUUAAGAAAAAACUGAUAGAGUCACCUGUUUUAGCAAUUUAUAAUCACAAGGAUGAGGUUGAAUUGCAUUGCGAUGCAAGCGCGAUGGGUUUUGGUGCAGUUUUAAUGCAAAGGAAAGGAGAUGGAAAACUUCACCCCGUGUUCUAUUUUUCGAAACGAAGUACUGAGACUGAAGCCAAGUAUCACAGCUUUGAGCUAGAAACUCUAGCUAUUAUCUAUGCCCUGCGUAGGUUUCGGAUCUAUUUACAAGGGAGGCAUUUUAAAAUAAUAACAGAUUGCAAUUCUUUAACGUUGACUUUAAACAGAGUCGAACUGAAUCCUAGAAUCGCCCGAUGGGCACUUGAACUUCAAAAUUAUGAUUAUGAACUGAUUCAUAGAUCCGGAACAAAGAUGCAACACGUAGAUGCUCUGAGCAGAUGCAAUAUUUUGAUUGUAGAAACCACUACUUUUGAGGACAAUCUUUUAAUUUGUCAAUCGAAAGAUAUAAAAAUACAGCAAAUCAAAGAAGAGUUAGAAAAGAAUCAGCACAAACUGUUCGAAAUGAGAAAUGGCGUUGUAUACAGAAAAACAGUUGACGAUCGUUUAUUAUUUUAUGUCCCUGAGGACAUGGAAGGUCCCGUUUUGCACAAAUAUCAUAAUGAACUUGGUCACAUUGGUAGAGAUAAGAUGGUAGACGCUAUUUCGAGGAGCUAUUGGUUUAAAAAUAUCAAAGACAAAUGUAAGAAUCACAUCGAGAAUUGCCUAAAAUGUGUAGCUUUCUCUCCAAACACAGGUAA